CAAGUUGCGAGGGACAAAAAGGGGUUCUUGGGGUUGGGACUUGGGAGCUGGCGUCUGGAGCAGCAGCGAUGGGGCGGCAGCAGCAAGAAGUGUGGCAUUUUUUCAAACCAGUCCCAGGAGGCAUGGCUGUGGCUGACAUCGUUCAAAGGGAUGUCACAAAAGUCACCGUCGUGGGAGUUGGAAACGUGGGAAUGGCUUGCGCUACAUCCAUUUUGUCGAAGAGAUUGUGCCGCUCGUUAGUUCUCAUUGAUGUUAUGGGAGAUAAGCUCAAGGGCGAGAUGAUGGAUUUGCAGCAUGCGGCAGCUUUCAAUCCAAAUGUUGACAUUUGUGCGAGCACCGAUUACGCGAAUACACGUAACUCUCAGAUUUGCAUCAUCACGGCCGGGGCGAAACAAAAGAGUCACGAUGAAUCUAGGCUUGCUCUGGUCCAAAGCAAUGUAGAGCUGCUGAGGAAGAUCAUUCCCGAACUACUCAAGUACAGUCCUGACACGCUGUUAUUGGUGGUCUCGAACCCCGUGGAUAUCUUGACUUACGUCUCCUGGAAGAUCUCGGGACUUCCUGCGAGCCGGGUGCUUGGAAGUGGCACGAAUCUGGACUCGUCGAGAUUCAGGUUUCUGAUAUCCAGCCGUAUGGAUGUCAGCUCAAAGAACGUGCACGGCUACAUCAUAGGCGAGCACGGUGAUAGCAGCGUCCCUGUUUGGUCGAGCGUCAACGUUGCGGGGGUGCCUCUUCUCAAUUUUAUUGAGAAAGAAGGGCUUGAAAGCGAGGCUGAAAAGAUCAACCAAGAGGUGGUGAAGUCCGCUUACGAAAUUAUCAAGUUCAAAGGCUACACGAACUGGGCUAUUGGGGCAUCCGUUGCGGACAUCGUUCACAGCUUGAUUCGAGAUGAGAAGGCGAUCCAUCCGGUGUCAAUCAUAGCGAAAGGGAGGCAUGGCAUUGAGCACGAUGUGUUCCUCAGCCUGCCGUGUGUUCUUGGGAGGAACGGUGUUCUUCAUAUCGUGGAACAGACUCUCACCGAGAACGAGGUUCUCAAACUCAAGGAGUCUGCUCAGUCACUCUGGGAUGUCGUCAAGAAUGUGGAGCUCUAGAGCUUAGGCUGUGGUUUCUUUGUCCUUUUUUCUUUUCGUUUUAUGACAGCGGCUUGUCGUUACUGUGCAUUUAUUCUCUAGGGUUCUCCAAGGAGCUAGGAGCGAUGGCAUGCGCCUUCUUCAAUCCUUGUGUGGCGACUGGUGCUAAGAAUGUCUGCUACGCUCCAGCUGCAUCGUCUUCGCCGCUCAAGCUGGUAUGCAUGAAGCAGCCCAUGGACGAAAUACGAAAAAUGUCUGAUGGAGCCAUUGAGGAGGCUCUGGAAGGCGUCAGGGAGAAGCUCUUGGCAAUGCGUUCCUUGAAAGAGGGGGAGAGGCUGCAUAAGCCCCGGACGUAUCGUCGUCUCCAAAUCAGAUUCUCUCGAUUGAUGGCUGUGAAAAGAGAACGAGACCUGGAGCGGGGCAUCAGGCCGCUUGAGUCGAGAACGCUGCGGCGGGCUUUCCGGAGGAGCCUGCUCUUGGAUUUGGACGUCGAGAACCCGGAAGAACAAUCACAGCAAGGCUCUCUCGAAGGUACAUACUUCGAUCAGUAGAAGCCUCGAUGCUUAAGAUGAUUAUGGUAGAAAUAUUUUUGAUUUCCCAUGGCCAUGCUGUUGGAAGAUAAGAUCCUGAAACUUUGUUCCAGUUACCAACGAGGGAAUGCUCGUAGAUCCAGCAGUUGCCUUGGUCAUCAUGCUUUUUUCAAAGCAUUUGGAUUCGAGAGUU